UUGAGACCGGGCGGGUGUCUGUCCCUUUCUGUCUCAACCAUUUCCUCCCUUCACUCAGGACCCCUCUUUCUGCACAUCUCUUAUCAGUGACCUUAUCACCGCCUUGCUCAGCAGCCUUCCUUUGGGAGGUGCUGGAAAAGCCAGCAAGGGGAAUUUACCAGGAGGAUAAUGACCAAAAGUCCAGCUUGCAUUUUAUAUAACUGAUUUUUUUUUCUUCAAAAACAAAUACAGUGGAGUACAGCGACCUCAGCUUGGGGUGUCCCCUUUGCUGUUUUGGUGAUAGAAGAUGAGGAGGCAUCGGUUGUUACCGCUGUGUGCCCUCCUGGGCAUCCUGUUUGCAGGACUCCUCCCUAACCUCGAUGCUCAGCCAGCGCAAGAUUCAGCUGACCUAGUACUCUUAAUUGAUGGAUCAGAGAACGUUGGAGCGGCAAACUUCCCCUUUGUUCGUGAUUUGGUUUUGAGAAUCAUUGAGCGCCUUGAUGUGGGCAGGGACACUGUUCGGGUGGCCUUGGCCCUGUACAGCACCAACCCAGAGAUAAAGUUCUAUCUAAAUAGCUAUGACAGCAAAUCAUCAGUCCUGGAAGCUGUGAAGGGCCUGGCUUACCCAGGGGGCGACGAAUCUAACCUGGGCACUGCCUUGGAGGAAGUGGCCGAGAGCCUUUUGAGCCAAACAGCUGGGGGCAGGGCAGACGAUGACGUGUCCCAGAUGUUGGUGGUUAUCAGUGCUGGUCCAUCCACUGAUGAUACUGGUGCCGGUGACCGGGCCCUUAAGAGGGCCAGUGUUAUCACAUUCGGCGUGGCGAUUGGUGACACUGCCACUGCAGAUCUGGAAGCAGUUGCUACAGAUAAAAGUUUUGUCCUGUCAGCCCCUGAUUUCAGAACAGUGGCAAGCAUGGGUGACCAGCUGCUCCCAUCCAUUAACGGGGUGAUCCAACGUACCAUUAUAGUUCAGAAUGAGUUCACAGAAGUCUUGUUAGUUGGAAAACGAGACAUCAUUUUCCUUAUCGACAAUACAAUGGGUUCACAUGGCAUCGGCGCUGUGCGCGAAUUCAUCAGGCGGUUUGUCGACAGCAUGCCUAUUGGUCCAGAUGACGUUCAAGUGGGUGUGGCCCAGUUCAGCAAUGUCCCUCGACUAGAGAUGGAUCUCAACUCUCAUGCAACCAAGGAGGCAAUAGUUGCUGCUUUGGGCGGUAUAAAACCAAGACCUGGACAGACAGUCAAUAUUGGAGCAGCCUUGGACUUUGUGCGGACAAAUAUGAUGAGACCUGAGAAGGGUAGUCGUCUUCAACAGGGGGUACCCCAGCUUUUACUGUUGAUGACCAGUAAAAAGUCCAGUGACAGUGUGGAAGAACCUGCUAAGGCCAUCCAGCGAAUGGGCAUAUUGACCCUAGCUGCAGGCUCCAAGGCCGCUGAUGAAGAAGAACUGAAGAAGAUCGCCUUUGCGGACUCCGUUGUGUUCACACUGAAGGACUUCCGUGCUCUGACUCGCAACCCAAAGGCAAUUCUUGAUGCACUCACAACACUAGCUGGGAUUGUGGUGACCGAAGUACCUACCGAGCCAGUGGUGGAGAUAACAACAGUGCAGACUCAAAGAGUGAUCCGAGACAUUGUCUUCCUUGUGGAUGGCUCAAACUACAUUGGCAGCAGUAACCUACCCUAUGUCAGAGACUUCAUUAUCAAUGUGGUCAACCAGCUGGAAGUACGUCCUGACAGGGUUCAGAUUGGUCUCCUGCAGUUUGCUGACCGCCCAAGAAUUGAAUUUUACCUGAACAGCUACCGCAGCAGGCAAGAAGUUGUGGAUAAAGUCUCUCAACUCAGGUUCACUGGAGGCUCAGUCUUGAAUACGGGAGCUGCCAUGAAUUAUGCCCUUGCCAACAUGUUCCAGCCAUCAGCUGGGUCACGCAGGAGACAAGGAGUCCAGCAGGUGUUGGUUCUGAUCACAGGUGGCCCAGCCCAGGAUGAGGUUAAAAGCGUAGCUGAUAAAUUGGCUCUGGCUGGUGUUUUGACCUUCACAGUCAGUUCUGAGCAAGCAGAUGAAGCCCUACUGAAAACGGUUGCCUUUGUUCCAGAUCUGGCUUACCAUGAAGCAAGAUUUUCUGAUUUACCAGCUGUGGCUGAAGUAAUCAUGCCAAAGUUGAUAACAGUGGUUGGCGAUACAGAUGUGACAUCAUUCCCAGAGGAAACUGUUGUUUCUGGGGGCGAAAGGGAUGUUGCCUUCCUCAUUGACGGCUCAGACAAUGUUCGAGCAGAUUUUGCCUACAUCCGGGAUUUUAUCAUUAAAGUAAUUGAACCACUUGACAUUGGGAUUGACAGGGUACGAGUUUCAGUGGUUCAACACAGUGAGAGACCAACGCCAAGUUUCUACCUUAACACUUAUCAAACCAAAGAUGAGGUGAUAAGAGCUGUCAAUGGAAUGACACUGGCUGGUGGACGCAGUCUAAACACAGGAUCAGCUCUACGAUUCAUGAAGGACACCAUCUUGUCUGAAAGGCUAGGUAGCCGGGCUGCUCAAAACGUCCCUCAGUUUCUGAUCAUUUUGACUGGGGGCAGGUCCAGGGAUAACGUGAAGGAACCUGCUGGUGCACUGAAGACAGAAGGAGUCGUACCAUUUGGUGUUGGUGUCAAGGAUGCAGACCCACGGCAGAUUGAGGCCAUUUCACACAACCCCUCCUUUGCCUUCAAUGUGAAGGAAUUCAGUGAGCUCAGCGCCAUACCGCAAAGGCUCAAUAACUAUUUGAGCCUUCCAAAAGAAGAGCUGACCGUAGUUCUACAGCAAGCUGAGUCACAGGGCCCCCGGAAGGACAUCAUUUUCCUCGUUGAUGGAUCCGAUGGUGUUGGAAGGGAAUUUCCUAUCAUCCAGGAGUUCAUCCGCAGGGUUGUGGACAGUCUCAAUGUGGGCGAGAAUAAGGUCCGGAUUGGCGUAGUCCAGUAUGGUGACUUUGCUCAGGCUGACAUGUAUCUGAACGCACACACGACCAAAGAAGGUGUUUUGAAUGCUGUCAGGGGAAUAAGGCAGAGAGGGGGAAGACAACGUAACCUGGGUCAGGCCUUGCAAUUUGUCAGUCAGGAUGUUCUGACAGCAGCACGUGGUAGCAGGAAGCAAGAGGGCGUACCGCAGUUUGUAAUUGUCGUCUCCAGUGGGUCUUCAACAGAUGACAUCAGCCGGGCAGCCACUUCCCUCAAGCAAUCUAGAGUUAUUCCCUUCAGCAUUGGGACCAGGGAUGUUAACCCUUCAGAGCUCCAGGUGGUGUCAUUCGUGCCUAACUUUGCCUUCGGUGUAGAUGACCUCCCUGGCUUGUACACAGUCCAAGAAAACUUAAUUACCACUCUGACUGAGUUAUCAGAUGAUGACAUCGCCAGAAUGCGUCCAGUAUUCCCAAGAUAUGAAGUAAUCACUCCAGCACCCACAGAAGGGGACAAGAGGGAUGUCGUAUUUCUAAUUGAUGGCACCACAGCGGUGCGUAGUGAGUUCCCGUCUAUCCGUGACAUGAUAAGAAGAGUUGUGGAGAAGCUGGAUGUAGGACUGGAUAAGGUCCGAGUCUCAGUGGUACAGUACAGUGAUGACCCAAAGUUAGAAUUCCUUCUGAAUGAAUUCUCCACCAAAGAUGAGGUACGCCAGGCUGUGGUGAGACUUCGAAGCAAAGGUGGGAACCGCCUAAACACAGGUCGUGCUCUUGAGUGGGUUUCCAGAAACAUCUACCAGAGGUCAGCAGGAAGUCGCCUUGAGGAUGGAGUGCCUCAGUUCCUCAUUCUAGUUACAGGUGGCAAGUCUACAGACGAUGUAUCCACUGCAGCUGACCAACUUAAGAGAAACCAGGUUGCACCUCUUGCCAUUGGUUCAAGGAAUGCAGACCCUAAUGAACUGAGACAGAUUUCCCUGAGGCCCGAACUUGUAUAUACAGUUGACAGUUUCCAGCAGCUUCCAAGAGUGGAGACACAGCUCAUUGAUUCAGUCAAAACAAUAUCCACCACUGAUAUCAGCAGUUAUGUUCCUCCGUCAGUGGACUUAGUCAACCUAAAUCUUGGGAAAAAGGACAUUCUCUUCCUUAUUGAUGGUUCAGACAAUACAGGUGCUGCUGGCAUUGCUCAUAUCCGUGACUUCAUCCUCAGCAUUGUCCAACAACUCGACGUGCAGCCUGAUCAAGUCCGUGUGGCUGUUGUCCAGUAUGCAGACAGAGUUAAAACUGAGUUCUCACUCAACUCACACAACAACAAGCCAGCUGUUAUUUCUGCUAUCAAAAGACUUCGUCAGAUGGGUGGCCGCUCAUCAGAUCUGGCUGACGCCAUUAAGUAUGUUAUACAGAAUGAGUUAAAACCCUCUUCCGGUGUUCGUCUGGCUGAGGCCUCCCAGCAUCUUGUGGUUCUGACGGGUGGCCGUUCUUCCCAAGAUGUCUCAAUCUAUGGACCUCUGCUUAAGGGUUCCCGGGUCAACUGCAUUGGUGUUGGAGCUGGUGGUGCUAACACAAAGCAGCUAACCCAAAUUGCCACCACCCAAGAUGAUGUCCUUCAGGUUCCUACAUUCCCUGGCCUGCCAGCAAUCCAAGACAGGUUCAUUGCCAGGUUGAGUGGGAGCAUCCCAGCAGAAAGAGACCCAGACUAUGAGAGUCCUACCGCAGGCCUGCCUGCAUCCAAGAAGGCUGAUAUAGUGUUUUUAGUGGAUGGCUCCAUCAACUUGGGCAGGAACGACUUCGGUGAAGUGAUGCUUUUUAUCACCAACCUAAUUGAUCUGUUCUUCACUGAGAGAGACAACCUGCGGAUUGGCCUGGCACAUUAUGCUGCAGAUGUGACUGACGUCUUCUACCUCAACACUUACAAGGACAGGCAAGACAUUAUGAACGCCAUCGGCCAAGCAGAGUACAAAGGUGGAAAUAGACUCAACACUGGUGCAGCCAUUCGCCACGUUCAAGAUGUUCACUUCACCAAAGAAAAAGGCAGUAGGGCAGAUGAGGGCACUCCUCAGAUCCUAAUGGUUAUCACUGCAGGAAAUUCAGCUGAUGAUAGCAAAACAGCAGCCCUUGGUCUGAAGAAAAAGGGUGUGAGAGUCUUCGCUGUAGGAGUGGGCGACACUGAGAUUGAGUUAGAGAACCUUGCAAGCGAGUCCACUACUGUCGCUCGAGCAAGCACCAUUCAAGGACUUUCAGAGCUCAAUGAGCAAAUCCUGGAGACUUUGGAUGAUGAAGUCAAGGGGAAGCUGUGUGUUGGUGUGCCAGAAACUCCUAAAACCUGCGACAUAGAGGUGUUGGUGGGCUUUGAUGUUUCUGCCCAGAACAUCUUCAGUGCUCAGACUAACCUCCAGAGCAAGAUGGGUGGCAUUCUGCAGAGAAUUUCCAAAAUGGCAUCCAUCAGUUGCUCAUCUGGGCAGAUUCCCUCUGUGCAAGUGGGCAUCCUGGCCAUGGACUCUGCCUCUGAGCCUGUCCAGCUGGACUUCACAGACAAUGCUGAUGAGCUCUUUGAGGCCUUCAGAGCCCUACGGAAUCGUGGCCCCUUUGUCCUCAACGGCAAGACCAUCUCAGCUUACACCAAUAGGUUCAAAACCAGACAGGACAAUGUUGUCAAGGUUGUCAUUCACCUGACUGAUGGUCUCGAUGCCCCAUAUGCUGAAAUGAAAAGGCGAGUUGAGGAACUUCGGCUGUCAGGAGUGAACAGUUUCAUCCUGGUUGGGCUGGAGCGGGUGCCCAAAUUUGAGGAGGCUUUGCAACUGGAAUUUGGUCGCGGCUUCAGGUACACCAGACCCUUACGCGUCAAUAUCAUGGACUUGGACUAUGAGCUAAUGGAAGAACUGGACAAUAUUGCAGAGAGGGAAUGCUGUGGAGUACCAUGCAAAUGUACUGGCACCAGAGGAGACCGAGGUGGAGUUGGACUUCCAGGGUCUAAGGGUAGUCCAGGAUUACCAGGAAGCCAGGGACAUCCUGGAGAUGAGGGUGGACCAGGAGAUAGAGGUCCUCCUGGUGUGAAUGGAACUCAGGGUUUCCAGGGAUGUCCUGGACAGAGAGGUGUCAAGGGUGGUCGUGGAUAUUCAGGAGAAAAGGGUGAAUUUGGAGAAAUUGGGCUUGAUGGAAUCAAUGGAGAAGAGGGCAAAAGCGGAGUUGCUGGACCCCCAGGAGAGAGAGGAAAUCCUGGCAGAAGAGGCCCCAAAGGUAUCAAAGGACAAGCAGGAGACAGAGGAGAAUUGGGAAUCAGAGGAGACCCAGGUACAACUGGACGAGAUAACAACCGUGCAGGACCUAAAGGAGAUCCCGGUGAUGCUGGACCAGCGGGAGAGGCUGGUGAGGAUGGACAGAGGGGAGGUCCUGGUGAACUCGGAAGAAAGGGAGCUGAUGGCAGAAGAGGCCCACCUGGACCGGCUGGAAAUGCUGGAAGGCCAGGAGCUGAUGGUGUUGCGGGAGAGCCUGGUAUUGGAGGAUCGAGGGGUACAUCAGGACCAAUUGGAGCACCAGGACCCAGAGGAGAAGAUGGAAACCCUGGACCCAGGGGUCCCGGAGGUCAACCAGGUCCCAGUGGAGAGAAGGGCAGAAGAGGAGCUCUUGGUCGCAAGGGAGAGCCAGGAGAUCCAGGACCUAAGGGUGUUAUUGGACCUCUUGGUCCCCGUGGAGAGCCUGGUGAAGAUGGUAGAGAUGGCUUUGGUGUCAUAGGGCCUAAAGGAAGAAAGGGUGAUGAGGGCUUCCCAGGAUUCCCAGGACUAAAGGGAGCUCGUGGUGACCCUGGCACUAAAGGCGGACCUGGACCCAGGGGAAAUCGUGGACAGAGGGGUGUCUCUGGGAACAUCGGUGCACCCGGACAGAAGGGAGAGGUUGGAUACUCUGGGCCAUAUGGUCAGAAAGGGCCGAGGGGACCAGGUGUUGUGCAAUGUGACCUGGUCAAGAAGAUCAGGGACAACUGUCCUUGCUGUUAUGGUAAACAGGAAUGCCCGCUCUACCCCACUGAGCUGGCCUUUGCCCUGGAUGUCUCUGAGGGCAAUGGGCGUCCAACCUUCAACAACAUGCGUGACACCGUCCUGCGCCUACUCAGAGACAUCACCAUCGCUGAGAGCAACUGUCCAAGAGGAGCUCGUGUUGCUUUGACCCUGUACAACAACGAAGUGACCACUGAGAUCCGCUUCGCCGAUGCAAUGAAGAAACGGGCCCUGUUGCAGCACAUCGAGGGACUGCAGACCCUGCAGACCAAGAAGCCGCGCAACUUGGAGACUGCAAUGAGCUUCGUGGCCCAGAACACCUUCAAGAGAGUGCGCAGUGGUUUCCUCAUGAGGAAGGUGGCCAUCUUCUUUGUUGGCGGGCAAGUCGGUCAGGCGCAGGCACUUAGUAAUGCGGCUCUUCGCCUCCAUGAUGCUGGAAUCGCCACUCUGUUUUUGGUCAACCGUGAUGACAGAGCGCUCAGCAGAGCACUGCAGGUCAAUAACACGGCGCUGGCUCAGGUGAUUGUCCUUCCCAACCCUGAUAGUCCACAAUACAAUUCAGUCAUCCAAAAGGUUAUGAACUGCCAUGUCUGCCUAGACGUCUGCUCUCCAGACCAAAUGUGUGACUACGUGCCCCCAUCGACCGGCCGAGACAGGAGGUCUUCCACCACAGACGUGGACAUCGACAUGGCUUUCAUCAUCGACAGCUCGGAGUCUACCUACCCGACAGUUUUCACAGAGAUCAAACGCUACGUAGCGCAUAUAGUGGAGCAGCUGCACGUGUCCUCAAAUCCCACAUCAUCCGUUCACCACGCCAGAGUGUCUGUGAUCCAGCAAGCACCUUACGGGUUCCUCUACAACAAAACUGGAUCUCCCAUCCAUGUGGAUAUCGGUUUGACCGACCACCACUCAGCUCAGGAUAUCGUCAAAUUUCUGGUGGAGAAGACGCCGCAGUUAGAGGGCGGCCGGGCGCUGUCAGCGGCCAUCGAAUCGACGGUGGGGCAGGUGUUUGAGAAGGUGCCUCUACAACGUGACAGGAAAGUGCUGAUGCUCUUUGUGACAGGAAGUGUGGAAGAAGAAGAGGAGCAGCUGGUGCGUAUUGCUACUGAGGUCAAGUGCAGAGGCUACUUCCUGGUCAUCAUGGGUGUGGGCGAGAGGCUGAGUGCUGGAGAUGUUCGCGUCUUGUCACGCAUGGCGAGUGAGCCGACGGAUGUCUUCUUCAAGCGGCUGGACAGCAGCUCACAGUUUCAUGACAAACACAUCCAGAACUUUGGCCAGCUGAUGCCAAAGUACAUCACCAUUGAAAAUGCUUUCUACAUGUCCCCUGAGGUCUCCAAAAAUUGCAAGUGGUUCCAGAGUGACCAGCCACUGAAAAACCCCUUCACAUCAUCACAGCAACAGGAGAAACAUCAGAAACAUCAUGAAAAUCACCAAGUAGUUCAUCAAAGAAAGCACAAAGAUGCAGAUGAGCUGCACAUCUCUAACGUCACCUCCAGCAGCUUGAAACUGCGUUGGAGCAGCCUGAACCCCAAGCUCUUCGUCUACUUCGAGGUAGUGGUGACACGGUUGCACGACCAUUCGCUGGUGCUGAAGACCAACGUGUCGGGCACAGAGCUUUCCGUGGACAACUUAGAGAGCGCUCAAACAUAUCAUGCUGUGGUCACUGCCCACACUGCAGAGGGUCAAAUUGUCUCCACCCGCAAAGGCAUCAUGACUACCAAAGCAGCAGAGCCUACAGAGCAUAAGCCACCCGCCCAAGUUACCAGUACUGUAAACACUGCACCUCUGGACAAACCAGAAACCGCUAAUGAAUUUGCAGACCCAUGCUCACUUGACUAUGACCCUGGAAUGCCGUGCAAAGACUAUCAGGCUAAGUGGUUCUUUGACAGAGAGAACGGGAUCUGUGCACAGUUCUGGUAUGGAGGUUGUGGAGGCAAUGAAAAUAGGUUCGACACUGAGGCCCUCUGCCUGAAAAACUGCAUGAGGUCAGUGCCAGAGCCUCAGCAAAAAGCGCAGCAGACUGAACAGGUGGAGGUCCUCCCGGAUCCUGCAGCCUCUACGGCUGUGGACAUUUGCCAGCUUCCCAAAGAGGAAGGUACUUGUGCCAAAUUUGUCCUCAAGUGGCACUACGAUGCCCCCAGCAAGAGCUGCACGCGCUUCUGGUACGGAGGCUGCGGUGGAAACCAGAAUCGCUUUGACACGCACGAGCAGUGUGUGAAGGCUUGUGAAAAUCCAGCAGCACCCAUCAAACAAGGAGUCAUCGCUGCAAUAAGAACAUAGGACCAAAGUGACACUCAUGGCCGGCUUUCGCCUCCGUUUAGGGGAUUCUGAGGAGGAUCAUCCAUGUCAGGAUGCAAUACCAAAGCAAUGGUGGCUGCACUGGAUUCCACAAAAAUGGACUUUAUCCCCAAAAUUCUUGAAGUAGUCUUUUUCACAACAAGAAGGAAGGCAACACGAAUUGCUGCAUGAUUUGUUUUAACCUACUGGUGCUACAUAGUAUGUUUGUUUUACAGAUGAGCUGUCAAAGUGCCUUCAGUCAAGUUUUCUGGAACAAUGACAUCAUAUGAGUUUUGAUAUUUUUUAAAAUGCAGUUUUAUAAUUAGCAAGAAACAUAUAUGAAUAUCUUGGACAAAGAUUAGCAAUAAAUCAGUACAUGCAGGACUGGCAUUAUUCAAUGCAGUAAUCUUUUUUUUUUAUAUAUUGUGUUUUUGACAUUCCACAUUCACAUAGCAACAUUGGCUUUUAUGGAUUUAUAUUGUUUUCACUUGAUCCCUGUGGAAUCAUUCCUUCACUAUUUUACAGUCACAGAAACCACAGCAAUGUUUACACAGGUCUUGUUCGGCGGUGUGUGUGUUUAGAUGACAGCGACCAACUGCUCGGAUGCUGAAACAUUAAUGUAAUGUUAAGUGCACUUCUGGAUCCGCUGCCUCAGACACCCCCCCCCCCCCCAGCUAUUGAGAAAUGGAAUGUACUUGUCAAGCUGUUAUUUUUUUUAAAUUUUUGUUUCUUUUGAAUUUACUGAAAUUUGUGUUUCAUCGGGGUAUAGGGGAAAUAAAAAUGAAUUAGACUUUCUAA